UUGUUAUUUUUUUCUAUAAAAUAAAAUAUUUGGAACUGGGCUCAGAUUUGACUUGGAAACUUUAAGGAUGCCACCAUAACAUGCAAGCCUUUCGGAGGUGUUGUUAAAGCAACUUCUUCUCUCUUACUUGUCUGGUCUUCAGUUCCAAACUGAAACAAAAAAUCUCUUCCCUCUCUCUCUCUCUCAAGAACAAACAAUAAGAACAAAGCUCAAAAAUUUCUUUGCCUUUCCUGUCAGAACCCGGUCCCAUUCCUCCACAAACGGACCGGUCCGAUACUCUGCCGAACCAACAAUCAUGAAUCCUGAAUAUGACUAUUUGUUCAAGCUUUUGCUAAUUGGAGACUCUGGAGUUGGCAAAUCGUGUCUUCUCCUGAGAUUUGCUGAUGAUUCUUAUCUGGACAGUUAUAUAAGCACAAUUGGCGUGGACUUUAAAAUACGUACUGUGGAGCAAGAUGGGAAGACUAUAAAACUUCAAAUUUGGGAUACUGCAGGCCAAGAACGGUUCAGGACAAUCACUAGCAGCUACUACCGAGGGGCACAUGGCAUUAUAAUAGUUUAUGAUGUAACUGACCAAGAGAGCUUCAACAAUGUUAAGCAAUGGUUGAAUGAAAUUGAUCGGUACGCAAGUGAGAAUGUGAACAAGCUUCUGGUUGGAAACAAGUGUGACCUAACUGCUAAAAAAGUUGUUUCUUACGAAACAGCCAAGGCAUUUGCAGAUGAAAUUGGCAUUCCAUUUAUGGAGACUAGUGCAAAAAGUGCUACUAACGUUGAACAGGCUUUUAUGGCAAUGGCAGCUGAUAUUAAGAACAGGAUGGCAAGUCAGCCAGCAUCCAAUAAUGCAAGGCCACCAAUGGUGCAGAUACGAGGACAACCUGUUAACCAGAAGAGUGGUUGCUGCUCUUCCUAGUUGAUUUUACCAAUUGCCAGCCUUAUGGAUGCAUGUGAGAAUAGCUUUCUUAAUUCUGCUCUCAAGAAAGGAAAACUAUGCUACCAUGUAGAAUUAUAUAUUUAUUCACCUUUUCAAUUGUUUGCAGACUGUUCUGAAAUUUAACUCUUUUACAGUUCAUUAUUAAUGGCCUGUGCAAAUUGUGUUGCUUGAUAGUAGUA